AUGUAAAUUUAAUAGCAGAAUUCCUUCAACAUUGUUAUAAUAGGUGGUGAAGGGUAUGUAAUUCAUAAUCUAUAUUUAGAGCAGGUAAAACCACACUUUUUAAUCAACUUGUUGCUGGUAAAUUCAAUGAACACUAUUAUAAAACAAUAGGUAUAGAUGUAGAAAUAAAAUAAAUAUCUAUUGAGGAUAUAUAAUAUAAUUUAUAAGUAAAGACUCAUAUUUAAUGUAUUAGUUUUAUGAUACAUCAGGAUAAGAAAGAUUCUAAACUAUAUGUAGUUAAUAUUACAGAAGAGCACAAUGCUGUGUUAUAGUUUAUGAUUUAACAGAUCCAUAUGAUAUUACAACAAUUAAGAAUUGGAUGAGAUCCUUUUCUAUUUAAUGUGGUCUAGAUCCUAAACAUAAAUUUCCUUUUGUUAUUGUUGGAACUCGUAUGGAUAAACUAAAUUAAGAAUAAAAUAUAAAUCUUGAUCUCUCUGAUAAUAUUCAGUCUUUUUAGGUUUCAUUAAAAGAUGAUAAUUCAGUAUAAUAAAUAUUAUAAGCCAUUAUUAAUGUUACUGUAUUAAAAUAACAUGCAAUUAUUAAACAUUAAGAAAAAGCCAAAUCCAAUCCUAUUUGUCAAAAGUUUACAAAUUCAAUCAAUAGAGACAUUGAAAAAUUGAAUGAAAUUAUGACUUUAAUACAAUCAAGUAAAGAAAAAAUAGUAGAAACCUAUGAUCAACUAAUUAAUAAUGUAGGAUAAUGGUAAAAUUAAUUGAAAGAUCUUAAAUGCUUUUAUAAUAGUCCAACUUUUUUAGAUAAAAUAGAAUAAUCAAAUUUUUCAUAAGAGUUGUUUAUCGAAUAAGAAUAAAUAACAUUUAAUGAUAAAAUAGAAAAAGUUAAUUAAUCCUAUUCUGAAAAAUCUGAAAAUGGACUUAAAGAUAUCAAUAAUUUAAUAGAAGAAGCUUCUAAGUUGAAAAUUUAGUUUAAUAAUUGA